AUGUCUCUGCUUGUAACUAUAUGCAUUGCCCUCUUGAUCUUCUCCUUCUCCUCCGCCAUUGUUGCUGCCCAAACACCUUCCGGGUCCGAUCCGCUUUAUCCACUGGAUAAGAAUGUUAGUGUUGCUACUAUAUUCGACAAUAGCUUCGGUGAACGAAAUGUCAGCUACUUCACGACCGUUGAAAGGCUGGCAAUCAUUGAUGGAGAUGUUAUUUAUGGUACCGAGGCUCAAUUGUUGAGUAGCGAAUUCCGCUCUUUUGCAGUCAAACAACCUUGGCCGGGCGCCACAGUUGUGUACAAGUAUGACACCGCCGGUACUGCAGCCAGAGUCGCAGCCAUCGUUAACACCGCAAUUGUCCGCUGGCAAUUGGUGAGCCCCUAUUUGACCUUCCAGCAACUAUCCAACAAUGUCACACCCAUGAACGGAGUGCUUACUAUCUCAUCCAAUGACUGCGGAGGUUGUAAUGCUAAUGUUGGUUUUGGCGCCCUUUUACCUCUACAAAUGAACCUACAGCAGCCCAGUACAGCAUGCAAUGGUUCCUGCGGCCCGAACGAAGCAACCCAUGAGUUUGGCCAUGUGCUUGGUCUUCUUCAUGAACAUCAACGCCCUGACCGUGAAAGAACGGUCAAUUACCACUGUGAAAAUCUAUACCCUGAUUGCACAGGCGGUGCCACCAUGCCUGCUGGUUCUGACUGCUGUUCUGGAGCCCCACCUGGCUGCUGCGGUAAUGCACACAACUUUGACAUCAUCAGUGGCCUGGGCAAAUCCUAUGAAUAUCAAUAUGAUGUCAACUCCGUCAUGCACUAUGUCUCCCAAGCUUUCGCCCUUCCGGGCACAUUUACAUUAACGCCUGUUAAUACGACAGUCACAUUGCCAACAGUCAAUCCGUCAAACCCUGAUGUACCGGAUUUUGAACGGGUCUGCAAAAUUUACGAAGCUCAAUGUCCCCAAGCACAGAGUUGCCUGGCCCUGGGAUGUCCGUACAAAGAGAAAGCUUGCACAGACUUUGGAUCGGGUUACUGUUCGUUCCACCCUUACGCAGAUGGGUGUGGAGGCAGCAAAGCUGCGAAAUGUGUGGAGAAGAAUGAGAUGUGUAAAGAAAACGGCUGCUCAUAG